UUAUGUAUGAAAAUAGAAACUUGCCCAGUUGAGGUCGUUGCAUAUUACACUGUCGUCAAGCAAGAUGAAGAUGCCGAUUUCCGCGGCCCAGUGUGAUUUCGUAGUGGGAGGAUGCAUACACCUCCUUGUGAUCUUCAUUUGCAUUUGCCUCUCAAGCAGUAUGUAUGGUGCGAGUCCUCCUGAUUUCCUCUGUCCAGACGUUGUUGAACUCCAUAGCCGUGCUGUGUUAAACUGCUCUGUAUCUCACACUGACACGACCGUCAAAUAUAAAGGUCCAGGACUGAACGCCCCCCAGUGCGAUCUGACACAAGGAAAGUGUACUGAAUUUGGAGUCUACAGAGCGUCUAUAAGUAACAACAACACUGAGCUAGUGAUAACCAAUGUGAGUCAAUCGAUGGCAGGUGAAUGGAAAUGUACAGAUGACGCAGGAAAAAUCUCGUCCAGUUGCAAUCUUCAAAUCUUCAAAACUCCAUCAUGCAGUAUAAGGAGUGACGUGCAGACGGAUGCUGUGACAGCGGGUGAAGAAGUAACGCUCAUUGUCUCCAUCAUGUCCUACUUCUGUUCUGGAGCAUCUAACUUCACGCUGCAGACUGGGAAUACCAGUCAAACCUUGGAUACAGCUGUCGACCGUACAGAAGCAGUCAACGUCUCCAUCACCGUCACAGACUCACAUUAUGGAGACGUGAGACUCAUCUUCGCCUGUCACAGCCAUGAACGGAAUCUGUCCUGUGCUGGCAUAACACAGCUGCAAAAAUCUGCCGCUACCUAUGCUUCCACCUCCAGGACAGGUGCCAUCAGCCAUUUCAUAAUCCUUAUUCUGUGCAUCGGGAUCGUAUCAAUUACCAAUUCCAUGCUCCUUGGAGGUCUUUGAGAAAAGCGCAACAGUAGUUCACGAGUGCGCCCAUUGACCCCGCAUACAAUGAAGUUAGAUCUCCGUUUUCUAUGACGUUGUAUAUUGGUAUCCUAAAUACCAUUCUGUCUUUCAACGUCCUGGUAUAUUGGGCCAGGGGUAUCUCCCAUUUGUGCACGUGGACAAUUGACUUGACAAGUUAUCUCCGUUGGUGUCUUGUGGAGAUUAUUGACAGGAGGGUAAUCAGUAGUACAUGCCAGUAAGAGACGACUAACGGGGUCGCGUGGUCAGGCUUGCUGACUUGGUUGACACAUGUCAUCGUAUCCCAAUUGCUUAGAGCAAU